AUGGAGUCCGCUUAUGUUGUUACUCGCGAACAACAUCUCUUCUUUGAGGAGAAUGGUUACUUAAUCAUUACUGAUGCUCUCAAUCAGAAAGAGAUUGAGAAUCACAAACUCUGGGCACAAGCUGCACAUGAUCUCCCACGAGUCAAGGAGUCCUGCGAGUAUCUCCAAUACGAUGAGAUCAACAAGAAAGGAGAACGUGUGCUGUGCAGAGUCGAAAAUUUUACGACUGCCGUCCCGGGCUUUGACUCACUUCUUCGUGGUAUGAAGCUUGUCAGCAUCGUUAGCCAGCUGGCCAAUGGUCACAUGGUUUUGUUCAAGGAUAAGUUGAACUACAAGUUUGCUGGUUCUGGUGGAUUUGCUGCACAUGUUGAUCGUGCUGGCUAUGGUGCCUUCAGUAACCUUAAGCACUUGUCUAUUGCCAUCGCAAUUGAUCCAGCCAACCAAAAGAACGGCGGCAUGGAGGUGGUCUCUGGUAGCCACAAAGUGGACAUCCCAAUCAGCUCUGACAAGACUCUUGAGAAGAGUUGGGUUGAGUCUCAAGAAUGGAUUCCAGUUAACCUUGAACCUGGUGACAUCCUCAUCUUCGGAACCUCUUUCGCUCAUAGGAGUGGACCCAACAACAGCACCGAUGAUCGUCGAGUUCUCUAUGCUACCUACAACCGUGCAGUCGAUGGCGACAACCACGAUGCGUAUUAUCUUGAGCGUUCCAAGAGAUACCCAUCCACCCACAAUCGACUUCCCGGCGUUGACUACAUCAGUGGAUCGAAGAAUUAUGCGUAUGGUACACCAAUGCUCACAAUCGAGGGAUUGGUUGAGCCAGCAGUUACAAAGGAGCAAGACGGUGAAAAGGAAUCUUCUGACUGA